AUGGCAUCAACUCUACUUUUGCGCGGCAACCGGACCGGUCGAGCUGUACGAUAUUUCGGCCGUUCUCCAGCCAGGUGCGGCGCGCUUGAAUCAGUACCCAGUUUGCUCUCCAACGGGUCGAAAUAUCCUAGCCUACGAAGCUUUUCCACGUUCAAACCACUAUAUCAACCCGACCUCGACCAGACCCGGAAUAUCGGCAUCAUAGCACACAUUGAUGCGGGGAAGACGACGACCACAGAGCGUAUGCUCUAUUACAGUGGGUUUACACGGCGGAUAGGAGAUGUAGAUGAAGGGUCUACAGUGACGGAUUUUCUACCUGCAGAACGUUCCCGCGGCAUUACUAUCCAGUCCGCCGCGAUCACCUUCCACUGGCCACCUGGAGAGAGCACCGGUGCUGCUCAACGAGACCCGCAAGUCCCUAGAUCUGCCUCGCCACAUUUAGUGAACCUUAUUGAUACGCCAGGGCAUGCAGACUUUACAUUUGAGGUCCUGCGGUCAUUGCGUAUUCUUGAUGGCGCAGUGUGUAUUUUGGAUGGUGUGGCGGGUGUAGAAGCGCAAACUGAACAGGUUUGGCAUCAGGCAAGCAUAUAUAACAUCCCCCGGAUUGUAUACGUGAACAAAUUAGACAGGGAUGGCGCAGCUUUUGGCAGAACGGUACGAGAAGUCGCUUCUCGGCUCAAAGGAUGGCCCGCUGUUUGCCAGGUUCCGUGGUUUGAAGGAGGCAACGGAAGCUUCGUUGGAGUUGCAGAUGCCAUCAACUUACAAGGGCUCCGGUGGGAUGGAGGCGAUGGGAAAACAGUGAAAAGGUACAGCCUUCAAGAAUUGGAUGAUGCCGAGAGCAGACUUGCGCAGGAGCUCCGCCGCGCGCGAGUAGCCCUAGUCGAACUGCUGAGUGAACAUGACGAAGCCAUUGUCGAGAAAUUCUUCGAAUGUGAAGAAGACCACCUCUCAGUUUCUCCCGGUGACAUUUCGAAUAGCCUACGUCGGUGUCUCUUGGAGAGAAAGGGGAGGAAAAUCAUCCCGGUUUUUGCUGGUGCUAGUUUCCGCAACAUCGGCGUGCAACCAUUGCUUGACAGCGUUGUUGAUCUCCUCCCUAACCCCCAGGAGACCCCUGAUCCAGAAGUAGCCAUUGGUGAUGUCAAAGGCGGCCUAAGGCGCUUGCUGUCCGGAGAUCUGCUUGUGGAACAGAAAGAAAAAGCGGCACCGGCAAAGGGGAAGCAAAAGAAGAGAUCUGCAAUAGUAGCUGACAGUCGCAGCGCCAUUAAGCAGUUGCAUGGCUGUGGGUUGGCAUUUAAGGUGGUCAACGACUCAAAGCGAGGAGUCCUUGUAUACGUUCGAGUCUACUCUGGUUCCUUGGACCGAGGCAGCCUUUUGUUCAACACCAACUUAAACCUUUCGGAGCGUGCACCUCGGUUGCUCAAAAUGUACGCUAACGAUGCAGUUGAGGUUGAUUCCAUCGCCGAGGGCCAGAUCGGGGUUGUGGUUGGCCUCAAGCAUGCCCGUACCGGCGAUACACUGGUGGCUUGCAGCACCAAUAAACCAACUCCUCCUGAACCUCUGAAUACUCUCCAACUACGCCCCAUCGAUGUUCCACCACCCGUCUUCUUUGCCAGUGUUGAACCGCAUAGUCUAAGCGAGGAGAAGCGAAUGCACGAGUCGCUAGCGUUGCUCCUGCGUGAAGACCCCAGUCUCCACGUCAACAUCGACGAGGACUCUGGCCAGACGCUUUUGAGCGGAAUGGGAGAGCUUCAUCUUGAAAUCGCCCGCGACCGGCUCAUCAAUGACCUCAAAACCAAGGCAUCUAUGGGCCCCAUCGAGAUCGGGUAUCGCGAAUGUCCACUAGGAACAUCUGGUCCUGUCACGAAAAUCUUUGACAAAGAGAUUGCAGGCCGCAAGGGCAAAGCCGGCUGUACCGCGCUGGUCGAGGUGUUCGACCCAGAGACCUCUCCAUCCCCAGAUGAAGAUGCCCUCUCCGUCGAAACGGCAAACGGCAACCAAAUUGUCAUCCUUGCCCCAGAGCUGCAGGUCGAAACCAAUAAAAAGGGCAUCGAAGAAAGCCCCAUCCUCCCACCAGGCUUGGACGUCGAUUCCGUCCGCGCAGCAGUUCAGAACGGCUGUCUCGCGGCCCUUGCCCGUGGUCCCCAAUUCACCUUCCCCAUGCACAGCACCCGCGUCACUCUCUCCCUCAACCCAGCCGCCCACAUAUUUGGCAGCGAUACCACAGCUGCGUCCCUCUCCGCCGCUGCCCGCCUAGCAACUUCCACAGCCCUCUCCAACCUUCUCUCCAAUCCUGCUGGCGCCGCAGCCUCCCUAGGAACAUCCCUCAUGGAACCUCUCAUGAACGUAAUUAUUAGCAUCGACGAAGCCAGCCUAGGUGCCGUUGUCCACGACAUUUCCUCCUCGCGGGGCGGACACAUCGUCUCCCUAGACGAAGAAAUCCCCAUCACUUCAACGAACCUCUCCACACCCAACGAAGAACUAGAUGCAGACCUUCCCCCCAUUGACCCAAGCAAGGUCUACGCACCCCCCGACCCAUUCCAAUCGUCUACCGUUGUCGACACGUCAUUAGCUUCUGGUUCGGUCAAUCGACCUCGCACUAUCACGGCAAAGGUUCCCCUGAAAGAAAUGGUGGGAUAUCUCAAACAUCUAAGGAGCUUGAGUGCCGGACGAGGAACAUUCGUUAUGAGCGUUGAUCGGUUUGAAAAGAUGAGUCCGCCUAGACAGAAGGCUGUGCUGACGGAGUUGAGAGGUGGUUAUUAG